GAAGGAUUUUGUUUGUUUUCUGUCCUCGUGAUAGUCGACGACGAUGAUCGAGAUGUUUUGGGGAGGAGGAAGGGUAUGCCGCGCUCGAUAGGCAGCGUCACGAGAGCUCUCAGCUUGUUGCGAGCUCGUACGAUUGGGUUGCAUAAAAAGGAAAGUGCUGAAGGGUGAAGACGAAAGACGUGCACUUCGGACCUGGCUUAGAAAAUAUGGGAGCCGUUCGUGAUGAGGGAGUUGUCGGUCGUUGUGGCGAAUUGUCCGAGGAUGAGGAGGCUGACCCGGAGAAGCUUUGCAGCCGCUUUUCUCCGAAGUUGCUCGAUGGCGAAGCCGAGAGCAGAACAUGUGGUAUAUGUUCCAUUGUUGUGCAGACCAGAGGGCUGCUUGACUGCUGCAGUCACUUGUUUUGCUUUGGUUGCAUCACGGAAUGGUUCACAGUGUCAAAUCUGUGCCCUCUUUGUAAAUCUCGCUCGAGGUUUAUCACUCCUCAAAUGCUCUCUAGAGGUACAGGGUGUUGGGAGAAACUCGAGAGUUGUACCGGAUCCGUUAGUAGGGAUGAAGGACCAGGUGAUGAAGACGGUCACCCAGUCUCUUUUCCUCCAUAUUUUAUCGAUGAGGAGGCUGUAUUGUGCCUAGAGGGUGAUGCCUGCCUUGUUAGGGCUGGGCUGUUAGACCUCGAUGCAGAAGAGAAUGCAUCCUCCGAUACAUCCGUCGCUUGUGACCUUUGUGAUUGCUGGUAUCAUGGAGGAUGUGUAAAUUUCCAACCCGACCAGUCAUCAUUUCAUUGUCCCAGGUGCCUUGAGUCGAAGGAAAAGGAUCGAGCGUCUCUGGAUACAUCAGUGUCGUUGACCGUAACUUCAUCUGAAGAGAAAACCUCCACAGUGAUGAAGAACUUUCCUUCAGAGGAUAAUGGUCGAACAAUGUUUGGAGGUGCAUCUGUAGCAAUCGAAGAUACCGAGGAGGGUGAAUCUCAUGUGUCUAUUUCACUACUUCGCAUCCCUGAGAGAGAGCCUGCGAGAGCUCAAACUACAGCACCAGAUACAGAAAGAGAAAUUAUGUGGUCGCCAAUUCGAGAACCGUUUGCAACCCCAGCGUAUGGGGCAGCAUGGUCGCAUUUUCAAGAGCCUUCCAGAAGACCACGAAACUUCAACGAGGGACUUCCUUCCUCUGCUCGGGAGCCGACUAGGAACGUUCCAUAUUUCGAGGAAGAGAUGUGGUCUCCUACACGAGAGCCUAGCGGGAAAGUCCCACAAUUUCAAGAAGAACUAUGGUCGCCUACACGAGAAACUCCCGGUGAUCUGUCUCUGUUAGGAGCUCGGUCUAGAAAUAAUGCGGCAACAGCUAAAAGUUUUAGGGCAGCGAAUCCUCCAAAACCUGAACUUAACGCUCGUGGCCCACGUGUAGUAGUUCCUACCAGAUCCGAGCUUCUCAAUAAUUCUGAAAGGAUCGCAAAGCAUUCGGCUGGUGUUGCGAAGAAAGUUACUGCUAGUGAGAUUUCUGGUGCGACAUUACCCCUGAAUACAAUGGACAAUAUUGUCCAACCCUUGGGUGUGAUUAAGGGUGAGUUAUCCAUAGAUGUUGAUCGUCUUCAAGUUGCGGUGGAGCAGCUGAGGAAGGGCAAACGUAAAGUUUUACAAGAAGACGAGAGAAACAUCGACUUCAAAGAUUUACCUGAAUUGCCACGAAAAGUCGCACGGAAGUCAACAAAAAUUGUUGAUAGCGUGGCUGCAAUUAAGGACAUAGCCAAAACAGGGACAAGAGAUCUGAUAGUAUGUGAACAGACUGCUGUUGAGGAUGUGAAUCCCCCGGCACAGGUUUGUACUUUGGACGACAAAACUGUGGUUGCAAGUGAGGAUACUCUGAAGGUGGCAACGGACGUAGUUAAAGAAGAAGCUCUUGAUACCCAACAUGCCCAAGCGAUUGAUGCUCCGAUACAUUUACAUGUAUCGGAGCGGAAGACAGAAGUGGAUGGUUUGGACGACAAGUCUCGGGUAAUUUCUGAGGAGAUUUCGAAGGUAGUAACUGAGGUUGAAACCGCAGGACAGAUAACUCCUUGUCUCAAGUCUCUAGACGAUCUUGCUACAAAGACAGAAUCAACUGAGGUAAGAAAUGAAGAGCAGCUAGCAACCCUUCAAAGUGAGGAACCAACUGCUCCUGAGACUAAAACGGAGAUACCUACUUUGGAAGCCUGUCCAGAUGUGGAUGUCAUGGAUAUUGUCAGUGAUCCAAGGAGUGGCUUGGGCAGAGACUCCAAGGAUCCAUCUGUCCCUACGAAGGCUGUUAGAACUAGAAUCAUUAUGCACCGUGAAUCUGAUGUCAAGGAUAAAGAGAGACCUUCUCUUGUCGAGCGUAUCAGACAACAGAUGCGGGAUACUGCAGGAUACGGGGCGGGAGAUGACCUAGGUAAGGUUGAGGUAUCAGACGACAGGUUCAUAGCUGCUUUCAAGGCAGCUCAGACCAGGAGUUAUGAGAAAUCCAAGGACGGGAAAUCAGCUUCUUCAAGGCAGCAGAGUUCCGGACGCCUAUGGAAAGUUCUCGAUAAGAAGUAUAGUGGUACUGGAGCCAGAGAUAAUCUUACACGCAAGCUUUACGCAGGAGGAACUGGUCGCAGGUGCUGGGAUAGGGAUUGGGACAUAGCCUUUUGGAGGGAGCGCGAUCCUCAUCAGAGAAGAGCUCGAAAAGAAGCUGAAGAGGUCGAUGUUUUAGGGAAGAUAGAUGCACGAGUACCUGAGUCGCAGCCUGACUCCGAAGAUGCAGAUUUUUUCAAGAGGCUCUAUGUAGCUGACACGUCCUUGUUUCCUAGAAACGAAAAUGUCAAACCUCUCUCCGAAGAGGGAAAUCAUGCAGAAGAGAUAAAUGCAUCUCAAUCAGUGGAAAUUAGGACAGGAAAGAUCUCAAACCUUCAUGUCGACAAUGUGAACCUCGCACACGGGUUGAAGGAUACUGCACAUCGGUCCCCCGUUUCUCAGGGUUUGUCGGGAAAUACACCGGGUAUCGACAAGAUCUCCCAGAAGGCGAAAGUUGGAGAUCCUCCUCCAUCGAAGGUUGUGAAAAAGUCUUUGAGGCCGUCUGGUGUGUCAAAAGAACCUGCAGUAAAUUCGAAGACAACUUCAGGAGCCGGAAAGUCUCUGGUGGCCCCAUCUACUGUCCCUAAAGCUCAACACAAGGAUAAGGAUGCACCAUCUGCACUCCCAAGUAUGAACAAAGACAAGCGACAGUGGGCGUUGGAAAUUUUGGCGAGAAAGGAAGGGAAGCUUUCAAAUGUCUCUGCAUCGGGAAAGGGAGCAGGAGCAGGUGGCUCUGUUAGCAAAGACAAUCCGUUCCCCCUUCUGUUGCAGCUGCCUGUGGAGAUGAGACCCUUGAUACUUGGAGAUAGUCGACGCAGUAAAGUACCACCUGCAGUCCGACAGGUACAACUCAAUCGGUUGGUAGAGCAGGAACUGAAGAGGGCGAACCUUACAAUAAUAGAGUCGAACUCCGAAUGCGCCGAUGCCAUAGCUAAGGCAGUAAGUAGAGAGGAGGAGCUAUGUAAAAGUUCAAAUAGUAAAGGUGUGUAUAUAAAUCGAUGUGUCAGGGCUUUGGCCAAUACAGAUUAUGAGCUGAAGACAGUAGAGACUUCACCGGAUGACGAUCGUGAUGAAUCUGAAGCAAGGCUAGAAGAGUCAUCAAGGGUUACAGACGAUGAAGCAGUUCGAAAAGCUCUCGAGGACACUGGGUUGAUGGACUCACCAACCGCUGACUCCACCAGUUCCCCCCAUCAUCUUGAUGUGAACACUAGGGAAGACAAGUUGGAUGUCAAAUGCAAAACCUUAGACAUGAAUGGAGGGAGUAGUAUCCCAAGAUUAGUACAGAAUCCGUGGGUUGAGAAUGUUCUAGAGGUGGAGAACGCAGAUUUAGAUAUCUACGGAGAUUUCGAGUUUAGUUCAGAAGAUGAACCAGAUGGCAACUUAUUCAAGGAGAAUAUUCAAAAACUGAAGCAUAAUCCUGCUGCAGAAGGUAAGGCUAAGAAUGGUUCACUGAUGGUUGUACUUACAACUGGAAGCUGUACCUCAGAUGCAGCUUCAGUGCCGGGUGACGCUGAAGUACCUGCCAAGAAUCUUGUAGGCAAGCAACCAGUUCAAGAACAAGGAGGUGCUUUGUUGUGUAGUGAAGAUGGUGGUGUGCGUGCCAGUACGUCACCAACUGUCGAAGAUGUAAAAUGUGGCCUUCCUGCGGAGGCGAGUUUUGAUGAUGUUGAUGAUAUGUACGACAAUUUGGAGUUAAAUCUUAACCCCGUUUUAUCUAAUGAAGUCUUGGCCCAACUUCAAGCCGAACCAUCUGCUUCCUUAUUAUCGAAAGCAGAAUCAAAAGAAACUCAUGAGGAAUCGAAGACACUCCCUGCACCGAAUGCAGACGUAAAGAAGAGGAAAGAAAAUGAGACUCUACCGAAUGGUGAUGCUGCAGCCAAUGAAAAUGUAAGUGAGGAUGAUUGCAUGAAGUUUGCGGAUAUUGAUCGACGCAUCGAGAAUAUUCGAAGAAGUAAGGCUAUGAACGGAGACUCUCAUCGCAACAAGAAAUCGAAGGGUCGCGUUCAUGGAGAAGCUAAGAAGACGACUGAAACAAAUGUACAAAUGCAGGUAGAGAUAUAUGUCAAUCAGCACUUGAAGCCCUUGUACCGGAGUCAAGUGAUUACAGCGGAGCAAUUUAAGUGGACUGUUUCAAAAACUGCUGCCAAAGUCAUGGAACAUCAUGGAAAUGCCGUCUCCGCCGACUUUCUCAUCUCUGAAGGAAGUAAAGUCAAAAAGCUUGCUGAUCAGUACUUGCAGGCCUUUGCUCACCGCAAAGCUUAGUGAUGUGGUACGCCGGAUUAAUUUCUCAUAUUGCUUACGAGAAGAGGUCCGUCCGAUGAUGUGCGUUGACAUUGAGAUCUCCAAGCAGUCAGCAGUAGGUUUUCUUGUUCGCGUAGAAAUUUGUGGCAUCACUUUGCCACUACAAUAACCGACGAGCCCAAUCUUCAAAGCUUACCAGACUGUACCCGGAGAUCCUACAGAUGGUGAAAGAUCUUGCUUUGUUAUGAAGCUUUCAUACAGUAUCUUGGAAGCAGACUAUCAGAAGUAUGUUGAAAUCUCCGAAGAAGGUAGCGAACAUGCUGUACUUGCUGAUUUUUGUUUCUAAGACUUCUCGAAAAAUAGGACAGUUAUGAGCUAUCACAUCAUCUUCAACUCAGGACGGACGUUUCAGCGCAAGGUUCUCAUACGGGUGCACCGCAGAAUGGGUCUUGAAGAGAACUAUCGGCGUGUUAGCGAAGAGGAAACUAUAUGGCUUGAAGAGGCCCAUCUUGAUCUCAACAUGUGUUUUUUGGGAUACUCAGAGAGAAAGACGGACAGGACUGCGAACUUCGAAUAUCCAACAAUCUUCAUCCAUAUUGUGCUUGAGGACUAUGGUUUGAACACAAUAUUGGAUGAUUUUCCUGUUUAACCAAUAUGAUUGAAAUAGUAAACGUAAAAAGCCACAAAUUGUUGGUCUUUUUUUCCACCAGUGAAACACAUCUUUCUUUGCUCUCUUUGUUGUGUAUGCACUUUGUAAGAAAAACUUUACAUGCACAUGACAGAUUGCAGAUGAAAGUGUCAACAUUUAACACAGAAAAAGACAGGAGAAGUCAUAUGAUAGUAGUGUUGAUAUAGCCAAAUUCGUGCUGAUUAUGGUCAUCUUAAGUCAACCUGAGUGUAAUAGGAAGGUUUUGAAGGUGUAGGCUAAAGGAAAAUCUAACAGAGAAACGGCUUCGAGUAUGUUGAGAGAACUUAUAUCCUCAUCUUACCACCUCUUGCUCAUGAAGAUUGUGGUGAUGAUGCAUCGAUUGCGGUCAUUUUUAGACCCUAGACCAGUGCUUUGGAAGGACGGUGAGAGGCUCAAGGAUGGGUUGAGGUAGUUACAAGUUAUGGUUAGGACAAGCAUUUACGAGGAGAACGAUUCUUGCAAUGGAAGAGAACGAUAUUUUGAAGUUGAGGGUUUGCGUUUUGAAUAUCAGUGCAACUCGAGUCAAGCUCUGAGGUUACCCG